AUGACUUCAAAUAUGUUUAUUGACAAAGAUGAAAAAGGAAUAGAUUUUGACAUAACCGGAUAUCAAGCAUCGCUUAAGGAUUCCCACUUUGAGACCAUGAAACGUAUUUUGAGGUAUCUUAAUGGAACCUUCCAUCACAGUCUUUGGUAUCCUAAAAGUAGUGCUUGUAGAUUAAUAGGCUAUUCUGGUUCUGAUUUCAUGGGAUGCAAGUCAGAUAGGAAAAGUACUAGUGGUAUCAAUAAUUUAUUUGGAAGUUGUUUAGUUUCUUGGCAUAGUAAAAAGCAGCAUAAUGUUGCUUUUUCUACCGCUGAGGCUGAAUAUGUAGCUACUUAUAGUUGUUGUGCACAAGUCUUAUGGCUAAAGAGACAAUUAUCAGACUAUGAUUUAAACUUGGUUGCAUUCCGAUUAAGUGCGAUAAUACUUGGUUGUAUAGUAAGAAGCAACGUAACGUUGCUCUUUCUACCGCCGAGGUUGAAUAUGUAG